GCUCGGCGCUGCGCGGGUCCGGCAUAUCCGGGAGCUGAGCCCCGGCCUCUGCGCAGCCUGGCGGGCCGGCGGGGGGAAGCCUCCAGGCAGAGCUGAGAGGGAAGCAGCUGCGUCCCUGACCUCGGACCUCGGGCGCCUCCUGGGGCAACGCUUAGUGGGCAGAGCCGCCUCUGAAGUCCGUGGGACCUGGGUUUGUGUCCUGCGUGGGACACGUCUAGCGAGGUGAUGGUAGGCCAGUGGCUUUCCCUCUUGUAGCCUCCUUUCUCUUUCAGGUUCUCUUUGGAGAUGUGACACCCAGCAGGGGCUCAAUACAUGCUAGUUUGGACCUUGGUCUGUGCCAAGGGAAAGGGAAGCCCUAAUUUGAUUUUUUUUAUUAUGUUUUUAUAAAUUUAUUUUUUAUUGGUGUUCAAUUUGCCAACAUAUAGAAUAACACCCAGUGCUCAUCCCGUCAAGUGCCCACCUCAGUGCCCGGCACCCAGUCACCCCCACCCCCCGCCAACCUCCCCUUCCACCACACCUAGUUCGUUUCCCAGGGGAACCACUGAUUUUAACCCUUCUGUUAGACUUUGUGACAAAUUAAAGUUAACAAAAGUGAUCAGUUGUUUUUUUUUUUUUUUUUAAGGUGGCAGUUUAUGCUGAUGUUUAGGAUUAUGGGUGAGAUGGGGUUGCCGGGGGGUAGCAUACAGGUCAGUCACAGUACAAGAAAAUGUCAAAAGCAAAGCUCCUAAGCAAAGGCAGUCUUCUCUUUCUUGUAAGUAGUUAAGGACACGCAACAGAGUGCCUUCUGUGUGUUGAACUGGUUCCUGGCCCUUGACGUUCAUUGUAUAAUAUACUGCUUGCUAUGGAGUUGGUGUUAUUGUCCCCCCAUUUCAUGGAGGAGGACACUGGAACUUAGAAGUAAUGACUUUCCCAAGGUCACACACAUUAGGUGGAACAGAUCUGUUCAACCCUCAAGCCUGGGCCACGAUGCAUUGCCAGGGACUGAGCUCCGGAUUCAGCCCACUUCAGCUAAAAACAUGAAGAAGACAUAACUGGUCACAGAGGAGAAGAAUGAAAUAGAUGACUGAGGGUCUAAAAUGGAAUUGAGGACAGCAGCCACAUCUGGAGCAGAACCACCUUGAGGAACCAGUGUCCAUGACCAUCUUUGGCAACUGACAUCACAAGGAAGACUUACGGACUUAGGAGUGCUCAGGAGAAUCAUUCCCCAAGAUAUGGAGCUUGGGGGCCGAAUGCUCUGGGCCCUCCUGUCUGGCCCUGGGAGGAGGGGAGGGACCAGGGGCUGGGCCUUCAGCUCAUGGCAACCCCAUCUACCUCUGGCUGGGUUGUUGAAUGCCAAAGAACUGGUCAGCCACUGGACUGCAGUCUUUGAGAAGAGGGGGAUCCCUGAGGCCCAGGCAUCCAGUGAGUACAUCGUGGCUCAUGUCCUUGGAGCCAAAACAUUUCAGAGCCUGAGGCCAGAACUUUGGACACAGCCCCUGACCCCUUGGCAGUUGCAGUGCAUCCAGGAGCUGAGUAGCCGCCGAUUGCAAAGGAUGCCUGUGCAGUACAUCCUGGGUGAAUGGGACUUUCAAGGGCUCAGUCUGAAGAUGGCCCCCCCAGUGUUCAUUCCUCGCCCGGAAACUGAGGAGUUGGUUGAGUGGGUGCUAGAGGAGGUAGCCCAGAGUCCCUGUGCAAUGGGAACCCAAGAUGGCCCCCUCAUCCUGGAGGUGGGCUGUGGAUCGGGAGCGAUCUCCCUCAGUCUACUGAGUCAGCUUCCCCAGAGCCGAGUCAUUGCUGUGGAUAAAGGAGAAGCUGCCAUCUGUCUUACCGAGGAGAAUGCUCAGAGGCUUCGGUUGCUGGACAGAAUUCGGAUUGUCCCCCUUGAUGUGACCUUAGAAGGGAGCUGGGCGCACCUCCUGCCCUGGGGCCCCGUGGACCUGGUUGUCAGCAACCCUCCCUACGUCUUCCACCAGGACAUGGAGCAGCUGGCCCCUGAGAUCCGCAGCUAUGAAGACCCACUAGCCUUGGACGGUGGGGAGGAGGGCAUGGACAUCAUUAUCCACAUCUUGGCCCUGGCACGUUGGAUUCUGAAGGACUCUGGGAGCAUCUUCUUAGAAGUGGACCCAAGACAUCCAGAGCUUGUUGGCAACUGGCUUCAGAGCCAGCCUGACUUGUCCCUUGAUCUCGUGGCUAUGCGCAGAGACUUCUGUGGGAGGCCCCGGUUCCUGCAUAUCCAGAGGUCUGGGCCACGACGUGGCUGCCCUGCAGAUGCCUGGCCAGGGCCCCAGCCUGCCAGAGUGCCUGGCUGAUAGUUCUUCCUGGAAUGCUACUCGGAGGGAGGUGAUGGUACCUUCCAGAACCCAGGUGCAUUUGACAUUUCACAUGGUUCUGUGAUUCUACAUUUCUGUAUGUUCUAUAUAUCCUAGGAGACUUGAGGGUAGAAGGGUGGAGUGGCAAAGAACAAGGGCAUCUAUAGUUUGGCUCAGAGCUGAGCAGGCCCAGGAUCCCAGUCUGGCUCCAUCACAUCACUGUGGCCAAGGGCAGGUUGCUCAAUGUCUCUGUGGGUGGAAUUGCCUUGGGGAAGUUGGGAGGUUGGCCAAUAAAGUGUUGAGAGACC